AUGUCCAACGUUCCCCAGGACCUGCUAGAUGGGAUAUCUGGCUCCCUCGCGCAAGAGGGUGAAAUAUUACAGAUGAUCCUCGUCACUUUUAUCGGAUUAUCAUGCUACAACGUCGCCGAGCUGGUUAUACUCGUCCCAGCUACCUUCCGCCGCUGGCGCGGGCUCUAUUUCUGGUCCCUGCUUAUCUCGGGAGUGUUCGGCGUCGUACCAUACUCAAUUGGCUUCCUGAUGAAGUUCUUUACUCGUACGGAUUCCGUGCUGUCCGUUACUGUCCUGACGAUCGGCUGGUGGAUUAUGGUGACCGGUCAAUCCGUGGUGCUUUACUCACGACUGCAUCUUGUGCUACGGGACGAGCGCAUGCUGCGCCGUGUGUUGCAGCUCAUCAUCGCAAAUAUCUUGCUUUUGCAUGUGCCCACCACCAUCCUCACUUACGGCGCGAACAUAGUCCACACUGGUGACGCUUCCUGGGUGAAUGGAUACAACAUCAUGGAGAAGAUCCAGCUGACCGGGUUCACGAUCCAAGAGAGUCUGCUGUCCACGCUAUAUGUCAUUGAGACGGUUAAGCUGCUGCGUCUUGGUGCGGAUGUGUCUUCGCGUCCCGAUGCACGCAGCAUCAUGUAUCAGCUGAUCGGGAUCAACUGCACAAUCAUUGGGAUGGAUCUGCUGCUUUUGAGUCUCGAAUACGCUAAUUUAUACUCCGUGCAAAUCACCUUGAAGGGAUUCAUUUACUCGCUCAAACUCAAACUGGAGUUUGCUGUCCUUGGUCGUCUGGUAGAUCUCAUUCAGGGUUCCAGACAUCCGAUUUCUCUCGCUAUUGCCGAUACAUUGCCUCUUUGCUCGAUGCAGAGGCCGCCUGAGACGCCGAAUCACAGUGAGGAUUCGCCUUAUGAGCAGGCUGAGCCGAAGGACUUCUUGGCGCCGCCGGUCGGAGGUCAAGUAGUUCAGAGGAGGUUGUUUGUGGAGUCUGGGAGGGCGACUUCAUGA